AAGUGGACAGAGGGACGUCCGUGUGGGACGGAGCGGUUAAAGAAGCUUUUAUUUGAGCCUUUUCUGUGGACAAGCGAAACAAUAAAGAGCAGAAAGACUUGAGCCUGCGGCAGAGAAAUGUGCAGCUUUGAUAAGGACAAAGGGCCAGGGCGGCUGAUGAAAAAGGGGCUCGUUCUCAUCCUGGUCGGUCAUAUUAACUUCAUCCUGGGAGCCAUCGUCCAUGGCAGCGUCCUGCGCCACAUUUCCAAACCCAGUCAGCACAUUAGUACGCAAUACACUGUCGCCAACAUCAUUUCUGUCACCUCUGGCCUGCUGAGCAUUGCCUCUGGGAUUAUUGCCAUUGUGGUUUCAAGAAACCUUCAUAAGUUUAAGCUGAUAAUAGGGCUUCUGAUGGCGUCCUUCCUGAACGCCCUGCUGUCAGCUGCCUGCAGCGCUGGGCUUCUGGUAGCCAUUAGCGUCACCGUCGCCUACAACGGGAGCGGUCUGAUGGUGGGAUGCAACGACACGGUGGUGCCCAUCAACGCUCGCUCACCUGUCAGCGCUCAGUGCCCGUUUGAUACAACGCGGAUCUAUGAAACCACCCUGGCCUUGUGGAUCCCCUGUGCUGUGCUGUCUGCAGCGGAGGCCGGCCUGUCGGUGUGGUGCUUCGUGGUUGGACUGGCUCUCAGAGGCAUCGCGCCGUGUGGGAAGAGCUACAUCAAAGAGCAGUUGGAGGAAGAGACUGAAAACUCCCCACAAACUCGUCGCCUUAUGAGAAAACAUUUCAAUACUGAAGCAUGAAGUCUGUAGAAGUCUGUCCAUUUCAACUGGGGAUCUUAAAGAGCCCAUAUGAAGGUUAAUAUGUGCUUAAUAAAUGAUAUAGAUAUAAUGAUAUAGUAUAUGUGUGUGUAAAUGUGACAAUGUCUUAAAUUGGCCUCCUUAAUAUGAAACCAGUGCUUAUGAAGACAGUUUUUUAGUUUGAUUUUUAUUUGUUUGUAAAAGUAAUCAUUCAGCAGUUUGUUUACUUUUUUUAACCACUCCAUAACAUCUAACAUGCCUUAAAAAUUAUAAGAUCAUGAGGUUCUUUUCUACAUUCAGCUUUGAUUUCUAUUCAAUUUAAUUCCAUAAAAUAGUAAACUGCAUUUUUUUAUUUUUAUUUUUUUUACUAUUGACAUUAAACAGGAAGGUAAAUGAAACAAGCAGCAUUUUGGGGUGCGGCUGCUCUAAUAUUGCACAUAUUUUAAUUAAAAACAAAACUGAUAAUUACCAGUUUUUUAUAUACAUCUUACUGUAAUUGCAUUGUUUUAAAAAUUGUAUUCAGGGUAUGUUGGACAUUUUUAACUCCAUUUGUCUCAUUUUCUACAUCGUUUGCCAUUAUCCAUCCACUUGGAUGGAUAAUGGUUAAAAAAAUGAUUAAAGAGAAACAUUCAAAUAUGCUGGUAAAGAAAUGUAUUCUGAACAACAUACAUUAAAAAACACAGUUAAAUCUGAAAA